AUGAGUCAGGAGGUCGAACUGAAGUCUGUUACUGUGCAGAGCGAUGUGCAGAUAACCCCUGUGGAGCAGAAACAGGAAAGUCCUGCUGUGGUCGCUCCUGCAGCCCCGGAAACGGAGAAGGAGGAGAAGGAAGCGAAGGUUGAGAAAAAGCCGAACUGCUGCAAGGCCUUCUGCAAGCGUUGGUUCAUUGACGCUUUCGGUGGUAUGGCUCUGGGUCUCUUCUGUACCUUGAUCGCUGGUUUGAUUCUCAAGCAGAUCGGCAGCAUCUUUGGAACGGGUAAUGUGGUUGGCGCAUUCUUUACGAAUAUUGGAACCAUUGCAUCGGUUCUGAUGGGCUGUGGUAUCGGUGCUGGAAUUGGCCACGCCCUGGGUUCUCCUCGUUUGGUUAUUUUUUGUGCCAUCGUGAAUGGCUUUGUGGGAGCGAAUGCCAGCGGCCUGGUGAACAACUCGUUGUUCGUCGACGGAAAGCUCGUCCUUAGUGGAGGCGGCGAUCCUAUCAGUGCAUACAUCGCUGCGAUUAUCGCAGUGGAGCUUGGCAACCUCAUUGCAGGCAAGACUUCAAUCGAUAUUCUCAUUGUUCCUUUGGUCUGUCUGAUCACAGGUUCUCUGUCCGCCUAUCUGUUCGGUCCUCCCGUCGGCGUCGUGCUUGCGAGCAUCGGAGCCUUCAUCGAGAAGGUCACCACGCUGCAGCCCGUGCUCAUGGGAAUCGUCGUUGCGGUGGUCAUGGGAGUGUUGCUCACCCUGCCUACCUCCUCCGCGGCGAUCGGCAUUUCCAUCGGAAUGACCGGAAUCUCCGCUGGCGCCGCGUCGGCUGGCUGCGCCUGCCAGAUGGUGGGCUUUGCGGUGAGCAGCUUCCGCGAGAACCGCUGGGGCGGCCUGAUAGCGCAGGGCUUGGGAACGUCGAUGCUUCAAAUCCCGAACCUGGUGAAGGCGCCUCAGAUUUUCAUUCCUCCCAUCGUGGCGUCGAUCGUUUCGGGUCCCAUCUCCGCUGCAGUGUUCAAGCUGAAGUGCAACCCUGCGGGAAGUGGAAUGGGAACUUCAGGACUGGUGGGCGUGCUGAUGACGUACUCCGAGUCCUACGCGGAGUUGGGAGUGGGCAAAACGAUUGCCGGAAUUGUGGUGUGCUUCGUGCUGAUUCCCGCAGUUGUGAGUUUGGCGGUGAGUGAGUUCAUGCGAAAGAAGGGAUGGAUUAAGAUGGGCGAUAUGACUAUCGUAUCGAAGUAA